UCAAUGUCAAAAUUGUCAAAUGUGAAUCUAUGGAAUUUAUAUAAAAGUUGUUGAUCUUAUUUUUCCGAAUUUCAUAGAUUAAAACUGUGAAUUAUCCGGAAUCGUUUUUACAAUUGUACCGAGCUAGAAAAAUGGUCGUCGAUAAAAAUCCUUUGUCUGGAAAUGCUUUAGAACAGUUUGUCAUCUUGGCCAAAAGUGCCAAGGGGUCCGCUUGCGUAGAACUCAUCAAACAAGCACUGGAAACACCGGGCGUGUACGUGUUUGGAGAAUUACUAGAUAUGCCAAACGUAGUGGAAAUGGUGAACAGCGCCGAUAAAAAGUGCUUGAACACUUUAGAGUUGUUUGCUUUUGGAACUUAUAAAGAUUACCUAGCGAACCAAAGCGAAUUGUUGGAAUUGACACCUGCUCAGAAGAAAAAACUGCAGCACCUCACGAUCGUCACUCUUGCCACUAAGUCCAAGUGUAUACCAUACAGUACUCUUCUUCAAGAACUGGAUAUAAAGAAUGUGAGAGACCUAGAAGACCUUAUCAUUGAAGCUAUUUAUGCUGAUAUAAUUCACGGUAAACUCGAUCAAAAAAAUAGUCAGUUGGAAGUAGAUUAUGCAAUCGGCAGAGAUAUUCGAGCCGAUGAUAUAAACGUGAUACUGAACUGUCUUCAAGACUGGUGUUCUUCUUGCGAAGGUGUUCUAAGCUGUGUGGAAAGUCAGAUCCAUCGUGCUAACGCAGAGAAAACCAGAGCCAUGCAAAGAAAAGCUGACAUCGAAAAUGAAAUAGUGAAUAUUAGGAAAACCCUGAAGACUCAGUUACAAGAAAGAUCUGACGGUAAUGAUGAAGUGAUGGCGACAGACAGUCGGGAGGCGGCUUCAUCUGCUGAGAAGGGAAAAAAGGUUCGGAAUAUAAAAGGUCUCAGGAUUCUUCGUUAACAUGAACUCAUUGCUAAAGUGAUAUAUGAGAAAUGGUCCAGGCGUGACACGAACUCUUGAUUCCAAGACAGUUUUUUGUGAUUCAUGGACGUUUAUAUAUUGGCUUUGAUUUUUUUGAAUAUAAUUAGGUUGUAGAAAUCAGUAACAAUUUAGAGUAUGCAAAGGUACUGUUGAUCUUUCUUUCAAAGUUUAAUUGAAUCGUAGCUGAUUUGUGAAGUAAUUGUUCAAAUAUGUUCAUAGCUUAUACUGAAAAUUUCGUAACUAAUUCAUUUGUGUUCAAAAAUUUUACAUCAAACUUGUAUGUAGUUUGACAAUUAAAUUAAACAAUAAUUUUCAACUUCUGUCAUUUCCUAUUUGUCCCCAGUAUAUAGCAAUUAAUGAAAUGAAUCGACAAUAAUGUCUUUUCAAAUACCUGAGAUACAACGUAUUGCUAAUAUCUAACUUGGUCGAUUGAUGACUUAUUUAUUUUGUAGAAAUUCAUGUUGAAUAUAGAAUAAAGAAGAUA